UCACCAGUCCCUGCUGCUUCUUCUGGCAGCUGUUUGUUCACUGGGUAAACAGUUCAUUUUGUGUGUGUGUGUGUGCGUGUGUGCUCCAACCCCUCCUUUGUCUGGAAAAGUGCCUUUGUUUCUUUAAUAAGCCAAGAGAUUCCUUCUCUUCUUGUCGCUGUUCCCCACCCCCGCUCGCUCUCUCUCUCUCUUUCUGGAUUGGAGGUUUUCAUCAUUUAGAUACUGUUGGGAGGUGUUAGUUCGAUGAUGGAGCCUGAAUUUCCCUCGAGUCCUGUGUCUUGGUAACAGAGUGCGGCUGCUGGAGGGCGUGUUAGCUUUACACACUCAGAGACAGAGACGGGGGGACAUGGGGCAGCAGACAGUGCCUGCUCCAAGGAAUUAGCAGCUAAUCGAACACUUCCCGACAAGAUGCCGGUUCGAAGGGGCCAUGUCGCGCCUCAGAACACUUACCUGGACACCAUCAUCCGCAAGUUCGAGGUGCAGAAUCGGAAGUUUCUCAUUACCAACGUUCGGAUGAAAAAUUGUGCCAUUAUCUUUUGCAACGAUGGCUUUUGCGAAAUGUUCGGCUACUCCAGGGUAGAGAUCAUGCAGAAACCGGGCACCUGUGACUUUCUGACUGGACCAGCCACACCAGAGAGUGCAAUGGCACAGCUGGCACAAGCCCUACUUGGAUCAGAGGAGAUGAAAGUAGAACUGCUGUAUUACAGGAAGGAUGGCUCCUCCCUGCCGUGUCUGGUGGAUGUGGUCCCUGUGAAGAAUGAGGACGGGGCUGUUGCCAUGUUCAUCAUGAACUUCGAGGAGCUGAAAGGCACUGCCCACAGGUCGGGGAGAGGGGAUACAAACCACAGGCUGUCCCAGGAUUGGUUCAGUUCCAGUCGUGGUAAGAGUUUUAAACUAAAGCUUCCAUCUCUUCGUACGAUGACCUUAAGUCAACAGUCUCUGGCCAAGGAGGGUUUUGAUGCAGUGAUGGAUGACCAGUCUGACCGCGAUUCCUUAGCCAUGAAGGAUUUCCGAGGCCCUUUGAGUGAGAAUCCCAUGCAGCCUGAACAGGAAGCACUGAUUGAACUGUGCGAUAAAUCAGCCAUCCAGACUGUCCCUGAACCCGUAGGCAACUCCCCCCUCAGCAAGGAACAGGAGCGGUGGGAAUCACAUCUCCACUGCACCAACAACAAACUGAGCCAUGCCCAAUCCCAGGACAGUUUCCACAGCAUCAGACGAGCCUCUUCCGUGGACAACAUUGAGCAAAUGAGAAGUAAAUUUGAGAAGAAGCUCAGGGAGAAAAGAAUAAAUUCAGGGGGCUCGAAAAGCUUGAAGCCACACCUCCUGAACUCCACGUCGGACUCGGAUUUGAUGAAGUAUCGCGCCAUCAGCAGGAUCCCACAGAUUACCCUCAACUUUGUGGAUUUUAACCCCGAUGUCAUCCUAACACCAUCACCCACCGAGAUCGAGAUCAUCGCACCCAGCAAAGUGAAAGAGAGAACUCAGAAUGUCACAGAGAAAGUCACACAGGUCCUCUCACUUGGAGCUGAUGUGCUUCCCGAGUACAAGCUGCAGGCCCCUCGCAUUCAUAAGUGGACAAUUCUGCACUAUAGCCCGUUCAAGGCGGUUUGGGACUGGCUCAUCCUCUUGUUGGUCAUACACACUGCCAUCUUCACCCCAUAUUCUGCAGCCUUCCUGCUAAAUGAUCAGGAAGAGGAGAAGCGCCUGGAAUGUGGCUACUCGUGCAACCCCUUGGCUGUCGUGGACCUGAUUGUCGACAUCAUGUUCAUUAUUGACAUCAUCAUCAAUUUCCGCACCACCUACGUCAACGAGAACGAUGAGGUGGUGAGUCACCCAGCCAAGAUCGCCAUCCACUACUUCAAGGGCUGGUUCCUCAUCGACAUCGUGGCUGCCAUUCCAUUUGAUCUUCUCAUCUUCAGGUCUGGCUCUGAUGAGACUACAACGCUUAUCGGGCUCUUGAAGACAGCUCGCCUCCUUCGGCUGGUCCGAGUUGCUCGCAAGCUAGAUCGCUAUUCGGAGUAUGGGGCUGCAGUGCUCUUUCUGCUCAUGUGCACCUUUGCUCUCAUUGCCCACUGGCUGGCAUGUAUCUGGUACGCCAUUGGCAACGUGGAGAGACUCUAUAUGGUUCACAAGAUAGGCUGGCUGGACAAUCUAGGAGAUCAGAUCGGAAAGCGAUAUAAUAACAGUGAUGCCUUGUCUGGACCGUCCAUUAAAGACAAAUAUGUGACCGCUCUUUACUUCACGUUCAGCAGCCUCACCAGUGUUGGAUUUGGGAAUGUUUCUCCCAACACCAAUUCUGAGAAAAUCUUCUCCAUCUGUGUCAUGUUGAUUGGAUCUCUGAUGUAUGCCAGUAUUUUUGGGAAUGUCUCUGCGAUCAUCCAGCGAUUAUACUCCGGCACCGCCCGCUACCACACACAGAUGCUCCGAGUGAAAGAAUUUAUCCGCUUCCAUCAGAUUCCCAACCCACUACGGCAAAGACUGGAGGAAUAUUUCCAGCAUGCCUGGUCAUACACUAACGGAAUUGACAUGAAUGCGGUGCUGAAAGGUUUCCCAGAAUGCCUACAGGCUGACAUUUGCCUCCACUUGAACAGGACCCUCCUCCAGAACUGUAAGGUCUUCAGGGGGGCAAGCCCUGGCUGCCUGCGGGCCCUGGCAAUGAAGUUCAAGACCACACAUGCUCCACCUGGUGACACACUGGUCCACUAUGGCGACGUAUUGACUGCUCUCUACUUCAUAUCCCGUGGCUCUAUUGAGAUCCUGCGCAAUGACGUGGUGGUGGCUAUCCUGGGGAAGAAUGACACGUUUGGGGAACCAAUCAGCCUUUAUGCCAGGCCAGGGAAGUCUAACUCUGAUGUACGGGCUCUAACAUACUGUGAUUUACACCGUAUCCUGCGAGAUGAUCUCCUGGAGGUUCUCGACAUGUACCCCGAUUUCUCCAAUAACUUCUGGACCAAUUUGGAGAUCACGUUCAAUCUCAGAGAUGCAGAUCGGAUUCUCCGCUCACCCCCAAGUGAGGAUUCAGACAAUGGGAAUAGAAGAGUUCGGCGGAGGAAGCAAUCAUCCCAGGAAAGGAGUAACACUGAUGCUUCGAAUAAAGGAGAUCCUGAUGGAGCCAAGGUCCCACUAACAAACCACCGGAUUCACACAACCAGGGAGCAGUGGGACUACAGCAGCAUGACACCCUGCUCACAGACCAGUGAGGACAACCUCAAAGCUUCAGCCUCCAUUGUGACUGAGAUGAAUAGCAGAUGGCCAGCAACCAAUCUGAACUUUGUUACAUCUGACCCAGUCCCCAUGGAGUACAGGAAAAAAGGCAAUGGAUCCCAUCACUUUACCGGUACUUUUACAAGUGUGUCAAAUAUGUUCAGUUUCUGGGGUGAGAGAAAGGACAGCCAGUUUUCAGAGUUACAAGGACGUUCAAUGUCAGCCCACGCUAACUUGGGGGCAGCAUCUAGCAUGGACAACAGGGCGCGAAUGGAGGUGGAAUCGAGGCUGGAGAUGCUCCAUGCACAGCUUAACAGAUUGGAGACCAGGAUGACAGCCGAUAUCAACAUCAUCUUGCAGCUCCUGCAGCGUCAGGCAGUCCCUGUACCUGUUCCCCCAGCUUACAGUGCUGUGUCACCAACAUCUCAUCCCAUUGAUAUGUACUCUCCACUGUCAGCAGAACCUAAAGUGUUGUCCUCUACUCAACCUGCAACUCCACUUUCAGCGGUUCCUCUGGAAACUCCUUACUACUCCAAGGCAGAGAAACCACAGGAGAAAUUCCAGGAAUCCCCGACUGGUGGAGCCCUGCUGAUGAUGGCACCAGACCAAAGUCUGACCCUCAACCUUCCACCAGGUCAACAAACUUCCCCUCCCCUGGCAGCAACUUUUCCCUCAUCCCCUUGCUUUAGCCCAUCUCGCUUUCCUUCUCUCCCAGAGGAUUUGGAAAGCUCCAGCACAGAUACAGACAUUAAGAGACAUGUGUCAGACCCAGUCCUGCCAGGCAGUUAAGGCCUCAUCAUGACUUAGCAGGAAAGUUACUUCGCUCCGUCCUGUUUUUGCAGAGAACAGUGCUGCCUCGGGGGACCAUCCUGGACUUGGUUUUAAGCCGCAAUUGGGAAAUCUGGCAGGAUUGUUUUGCACAGCCUGCUGCACAUUCUCAAACAAUUCUGGUUAUGUAGGAAUUAGACAAGACAAAGUGGAAACAGAGCAAACCCGUCAGCUUGUCAUCAAUUUUAUCACUUUAAAAGUAUUCAUCAUUAACCACAGGAAAUGAAAGCAAAAGCCAGUGAACCAUCUCAGGAUAUAACAAGAACAUUGUCCACACAGGUUUGAGUAUAGACAGCAACAGUUUUCAAUGGAUUAGCCAACAAUGGAACAAUGAAAAGUGGUACAUUGGAGUUUUAUUCCAUCUAACCCUAUGUGGCACCUGCAGUGGACGUGUUUGCUAGACACGGUGUUGAGGAAGCUUUACUUUGUAUCUCAACCUGCACUGUACCCUCCCUUGGACUGUUUGACGGGGAGUGUAGUGGAGUUCUCUCUAUAACUCUGGAUUGUAAGUUGAAUUUUCCUCUCCAUUUGUGCUGGAAGGGUCAUCUUUACCUUAGAGAAUGCGUAAAACAGGCUGCAGUGAUUGGCUGAGAAUUAUACACAGUAGAAACUUUGCCUUUCCAUUCAUGUCACUCGCUGUCCAGCCAAAAAGCAAAUCUAUUAGUCCUUCAACACUGGGGUAAUUCUAAUCUUUGGGGGCAGAUUGGUAUGUGUAAUAUUUGUCCCCCAGCACAAGCAGGUUCUCCAAAUCCUCCCAUAACCUUGCAUGCUGUAAACACCUCAGCUCUAAAGGAGGGCAAUCCUUCUUAGAUUUCCCAUUUCCUCCAGUAAUACAGUGUGUGAUGGAGGAUAUUUAUCAUUCCCCAGUGCAAUAUAGAAGACUGUUAAGCAGCCCCCAAUAGCACGUGUACCUUGCAUGAUCCUACCAACUCUCUUCUGUACACUGCCAGCAUUCUCACCUGAACCCGAUUCCUGCAGGUUUCAGCUACUGUCAUCUCAACCUCAUGAGCUGUUGUGCAGUUGGGGCUUCCUAUUUCCUGCAGGAUGAGUGAUAAGAUAAAAGAAAAAUGGACAUAAUGGUCUCAUCAGCCAAGCCAUCAAGGACCCAGAAACAGAUUUGCAUUAAAUAUAUAAUAAAUAAUGAUUGCUCAGAUAAUGCUGUCUUCAUUUGUCCAAGAACCAUGCAAUUGGCUUUAGCAAGAUUAGUCAAUGUUGUUCG